AUGGCAACAACAAAUCCACCAGCUACCCAAACUGACUUGAAUUUCGUUUUCCCACCUUUGCCAAUUCCCUCCGAUACUGAUGCUAUUAAAACAUAUCCUAUAAAUAAGCUAGAUAGAAAAAAAAAUGCAUACAAAAAGUUAAAUGCAUUAGUAGGACAAAAAUAUCAAGCUCAACUUCUAGAAUUACGAAAAAAGAAAAUGAACGAUUUGCUUACUGUUCAUCAAAUUAUGUGGACAAAUUUGGUUCUUGCUAAAGAAAAGAAACCUUUUUUUGAUCUGGAAUUUGAUUUAAAAAACAAUUUGUCAAACUGUUUGUAUAAAAAUGGAUCACUCAAUCCUACUACACCAAGUUUUCCCAAAGAUUUUUCGAAUAUUGUAGUUGAACGAAUUGGAGAUGUCUUUGAUUUAUCAGGAAUAAAAAAUUUUCCUAAAUUAAAUCCAUCUCAGAAUUUAGAAUCAUUGGUGAAAGAUCCAAUGGAUGUGAUGGCUCUUCAAACCCUGCUUAAACUUAAACUUACACCUAUGCAAAUUCCAUGGAGUUCACCAACACCAAAUCCCCCAAUCCUGAAAAUUAUACCUGACGAGUGGCAAAUAAAUGUCAAAGCAAUCAUUCCUGCUGAAGCUCAAGUGAAUCAAGGGAUCACAAUCAACGAUGGAUGGUUCACAGCAGGAUUAGACUCUGUUGCGAAAUUACCAUCACCGAAUCCAGAAGGGUUUUUGAAUCCUAUAAUCGGAGACUUUAUUUUUUGGAAUCCUGUAAUUGGUGUCGCAGGAUUUUUAUUUUUUAAGAAUGGUGAUUGGGUUCCUGUCAUCAUAGAUGAUCAUAUAUUAGUCUAUAAACAAGUGGAUAACACUACUGGCAAUACAAAUAAUCCUGCCGGCUCCACCAAUAAACCUAAAUAUCAGACUGUCUUUGCUAAAUGCGAUAAUCUAAACACUGAUUUUUGGGUUCCCUUACUUGAGAAAGCAUAUGCUAAACUUCACGGUGAUUACGAAAGCAUCGAAUGGGGAUUUGCAGCUCAAGGAGUCGAAGAUUUGACUGGUGGAUUCACGUCAUAUUUUGAUUCUGAUCAUCUUGACAAAGAAUCAUUUUGGAAAGAUCAAUUGAAGCCAAUUCAAAUUGGAUUCAAUUACGCUAUUAGACAUCCACUUGACACUUGGCAACAAGAUACAGUUUUUGGACUUUUUCAUUGGCGUAAGAAUAAUGUUGAAUAUAACAAAGCAAACCAACUUGGAAAGAAUGGAUUAUUUUACAAUCAUGUUUAUAUUUUAUUGGGAGCUUAUGAUAUUGGUGGAAAAAGACUUGUUAAAAUUAAAAGCCCUUGGACAGGAGCAGAGUGGAAAGGAAACUGGUCUGAUUGGGAUGAUACGAGAUGGAAAGCACAUCCUCAAUUUGCAUCCGCGCUUGAUUUCAAACCAUUUAAUAAGGAUAGCACAUUUUUCACUGAUUAUGACACUCUAUUAAACCAAUUUCAAAGUAUCGAUAAAUGUGAGAUUAUAUCAAAUAAUUGGUAUUUGACUUCGAUCUGGCUUGAGUUUUCAUUAAGUUCACCGAAAAGCCCGCCUCCAAGUUUCGUAUUUACAGUACCUCCGAAUAAAGAGAAUAAAAGCACAGCUGUAAAGAUUGUCUUACAACAGUCAGAUCCGCGUUAUAGUGCAUCCGCUGUUAUUGCUCGUCUUAGUUUCGAAAUUUAUCCUGCAAGUGCACAAGUUUUAGUAGAUGAAGCGCCGAAAUAUCAUUCGACUGAGCUUCGAAGCGUCAGUUAUGAUGGCAAACUAAAGCCUGGUGUUUAUCAAGUCAUUCCUUACGUCAGUAUAUAUCAAGGAAAUCCAGAAAAGAUCUCAUCUAUUCCUAUCGGCCUCAGAAUUUAUAGUGAACCUGAAAUUACUGAGUUAAUUGUUGGAAAUACUUUACCCCAUCUAUCAAAAUUAUAA